UUUUGGUCUUCAAAAAUGAUGGAAAUUAAGGACUCUGCCAUUAGAAUUUUCGGCAAGAAGAUUCCGCUUCCGGCCGACUCUGAAGCUCCGUUGAUGGAAAGCGAUGAUUCGGAUUCAAGCUCCGAGAAAGAAAAUCGAGACGGAGCAGUAGAAAAGGAUGCAGUUGUAGGAAAAGCCACCGAGAGUUCAGCUGCAAAAGAGGAAACUCUUCAUGAUUCAGAGGAUUAUGCAUGUGUAAAAACAGCAAAUGAGGCGCACAUGAAUCCUGAAGUGUUAUCAACAGAUGAAAAUGAUAAGCUCGCAACAAGGAAAACUGAGAAAGAACAGAAUGAUGCCCCCAACUCGAAAGAGAAACUGAAGAAACCAGAUAAGAUACUUCCAUGUCCCCGCUGCAAUAGCAUGGAAACCAAGUUUUGUUAUUAUAAUAAUUAUAAUGUCAAUCAACCACGCCAUUUUUGCAAAGCCUGUCAAAGAUAUUGGACUGAAGGCGGUACCAUCAGGAAUGUCCCUGUUGGAGCUGGCCGCCGAAAAAACAAGAACUCAGCCUCACACUACCGACACAUUACAAUCUCAGAGGCUCUCCGAGCUGCACAAAUUGAUGUUCCUAUUGAGGUCAACCACCUAGCAUCAAAAGGCAAUGGACGAGUCCUCAAUUUCAGUGUAAGCCCACCUGUAUGUGAAUCUAUGGUCAAUGUAUCACAUCCUGCAGAAAGAAAGGUCUUGAAUGGAACAAGGAAUGAAUUUGAGGGAGCCAAAGGACCUUGUGAGGGUGGGGAAACUGGUGAUGAUUGUUCUAGUGCAUCUUCAGUAACAAUGUCAAGCUCAAUGAAGAAUGGAGCCAGGAGGUUCCCUCAAGAACCACAUAUGCAGAACAUCAAUGGUUUUCCUUCUCAAAUCCCAUGUCUUCCUGGUGUUCCUUGGCCUUGUUCAUGGACUGCACCAAUACCUCCACCAGCCUUGUGCCCUCCUGGAGUUCCUUUAUCAUUCUACCCUGCAACAUAUUGGAGUUGCAGUGCUUCAGGUUCUUGGAAUAUUCCUUGGUUCACUCCACAACCCUGUCCUCCAAUCCCUGGUCCAAAUUCUCCGACGCUAGGCAAGCAUUCGAGAGAUGGCGAUGAACUCCAGGCUGAUAAUUCUGAGAUGAAAGAUCCUCCAAAACAGAAAAAUGGAUCUGUUUUGGUUCCCAAAACUUUAAGGAUUGAUGAUCCAAACGAAGCUGCUAAGAGUUCAAUAUGGGAGACACUUGGUAUUAAGAAUGAUUCAAUCAAAGCUGUUGAUCUGUCUAAUGUUUUCCAAUCAAAGGGCGACCUAAAGAGUAACGUUUCUGAAGUGUUGUCUCCAGUUUUGCAAGCCAACCCUGCAGCCUUGUCAAGAUCUCUUACUUUCCACGAGCGGUCGUGAAUGGUAUUUUUGAUUUUCCAGGUUCAUUGUAAAAGAAAUCUUUAAGUUAAGAAGCUUAAGCAUGAAGUGGAUACAAGCAUCAAUCUCAAGCUUCUUCUGCUCAAGAAGCAAUCCAGUUUUUCAAGAAUCCCGGAAUUGUUCUCUCUAUAGAAAGAGUAGCUGCCAUUAUCAAGCCAUCCUUUUGUACAUAACUUUACAUAUGUGAAUAACCGAUGUAGAGUGGCAGCUAAAGAUUCUCAGAUGUAUAAAAAUGCAGCCAAAAGUUUGCUUCAGUUUUGAUACUAUUGGCAGUCCCUUCCAUCCGAA